UAUUGCACCUAAACCAACCGAAACACUCAGUAAUUUGUUCCAAAAUACCUGUCCUAAUCCGUCCAAACGAGAACAAAAGUGUCGCUUUUGUCUAGUUUUUCCAUUAUCGAAGAGAAUAGUUUCCGCUCACCAGGAAAAAAAAGUGAGAGAGAAAGCAAAGAAUGGACGGUAACACUAGUGAAGCUGAACGUUGGCUCUCCAUAGCCGAGAAGCUCUUGGUGUCACGUGACUUGCACGGGACUCGUACGUUUGCGAUCCGAGCAAGGGAAACGGCGCCGGUUCUUGCCGACCAGAUCCUCGCCGUGACCGACACUCUCUUGGCGGCUCAAUCGAACCCUCAAGACUGGUACGGGAUACUCCAACUCGUUCCGUUGACUCAGUCCAUGGAGGUGGUGGCGGGUCAGUACAGGAAACUCUCUCUCCUCUUGAAUUACGGGAAGAACGGGCUGUCGUUCGCGGAUCAGGCGUUUCGAUGCGUUUCUGAAGCUUGGAGUGUGUUGUCUAACCCGUCUAAGAAGAGCAUUUAUGAUAAUGAGUUGAGGUUCUGCAUUUCGGCCCGGUGAGUCAGUUCGGUCAACAGUAUCAUCAUCAUCAACAACAGCAGCAAGCGCAAUUUCAACAGCCGCCUCAAACGCAGACGUUAUUUAUGCAACCGCAGCCGCCGCCGCCGAAAGAAACACAAACUCUGUUCAUGCAACAGCCUCCGAAAGAGACGCAAACUCUUUUUAUGCAACAACCGGCGUUGCCGCCUCCUAAAGAAACGCAGACGUUGUUUAUGCAACCGCCGACGCAUCCGCCUCCGAAAGAAACGCAACCUCUGUUUAUGCAGCCACCGGCGCCUUCGCCUCAUAAGGAAACGCAGACGCUAUUUAUGCAACCGCCGUUACCUCCACCUCC